GCUCCUCUUAAACCCUUCAGUUCCCUCUCCCCUUCUGAUAGCAAGUUUCUUCUCCCUCUCUCCUCUCGCUUUCUCUCUCUCUCUAGAGUGGCCAUGGCUGUAGCGCUAUCAAGAGCCAUCUUCAUUCGAGGUCCCAUCGUCCUCUCUCUCUCUAGGCGACUCUCCACCACCGCCAUCUCUUCCACCACCUUCCUCUUCCGCCCACUUUCUCUCUCUUCAAGCUUUCUUCGCUCCUCUCGUCCCCUUCUCUGUCAUGUCCAAGCCCCUCCGUCACAUGUUAGCAAGCUCUCUAUUAGAUGCAGGGUUAAUAGGUCUGGCGACUCUGCUUAUUCUCCUCUGAACUCUUCGUCUAACUUUAGCGAUAGGCCACCAACUGAGAUGGCUCCUCUGUUUCCUGGUUGUGACUACGAGCACUGGCUCAUUGUCAUGGAUAAACCUGGCGGUGAGGGGGCGACUAAGCAACAGAUGAUCGAAUGUUAUGUUCAAACCCUAGCUAAAAUUGUCGGAAGUGAAGAGGAAGCAAAGAAGAAAAUAUAUAAUGUUUCUUGUGAGAGGUACUUUGGAUUUGGAUGCGAGCUUGAUGAGGAAACUGCAAACAAGUUGGAAGGCAUCCCGGGUGUUCUGUUUGUGCUUCCUGAUUCAUAUGUGGAUGUUGAGAACAAGGAUUAUGGAGCGGAGCUUUUUGUGAAUGGAGAGAUUGUUCAGAGGACCCCUGAGAGGCAAAGGAGAGUGGAACCAGUCCCACAAAGGGCUCAAGACCGGCCAAGAUACAACGAUAGAACCCGUUAUGUCAGGCGCCGAGAAAACCAGCGAUAGAUUGGUCUAAUCAAACCAUUUGUAGUCUUAGUUUUCUUUUAUGAAACUAUAUAAAUGGUUUUUCUGGAGAUAGUGUGAGAAACUUAUAUAAGCUCUAAAAUGUGAAUUGAGGUGCACAAAAAAGGGAGAAUCGUUAUGACUAGUCUUAGGAGUGGUUGCUUGUGUCAUGUGCUGUUAUUAUGGUCUUGUCUUUUAAGAUCAGUUUCUAUUAACUGUUUAUCUGAAACCAAAUGACAUUUGGUAAGUGUCAUAUUAUAUUGCAAACUCCUAAGGAUUUGUUUUCCCUUAAUGAUUAAAAAGUAGAAAACGUUUUUUGUUUUUC